UCCCAGGCAGGGGAUGCGUUUUUCCAGGACUGCCCUCGACUGAGCUUUUCCGGCUCCCUCCCAUCUCCGCCGGUCUCCUUCCCCCAGAAACAGCAUCGCCCGUGAACUCGACGGGACCCCCUGCCCCGAAAGAAGCAGCCGCCCAUCUGUGCCUAAUCCCUGGAGCCCGGUCGGUCUGGACUGGGGGAAGGAAAGUUCACGAUUCAGACCCCUCCGUCGCCUCCCCCCCACCAUCCGUCCCUCCAGCGCACGGCGAAGGUGCCACAGCCGCUCUUGUCAAUUGGCCAGGCAGCUGCUUCCGAGACCGAGUUAAAAGGGGGGCGUGGACGCGAGGGGGAAAAAAAGAUCUCGCUGGCAGCCGGAGAGGCUCGCCCACCUACCGGACCAAGGCGGCAGAUCCGUCCUCCGCCGGACGAUGAGAAAAUAACCCCGGCUCGGGUUUAGCAUCUGGAGAGGUUUCUCAAGGAGCGGUGCUAGACGCGGUCGGGCGGGGGAAACAUGGUCCAGCAAAGGAACGUAAGGAACCGGGGAGCAGAAGCCAAGAGGGAGGUGUGUCCGAAAGACCCCUUGCUCCUGAAGGAUGCCAAAGGCGAGCCGGGCUGGUGCAAGACUCCGAGCGGGCACAUCAAACGUCCCAUGAAUGCCUUCAUGGUGUGGUCCCAGAACGAAAGGCGGAAGAUCAUGGACCAGUGGCCGGACAUGCACAACGCGGAGAUCUCCAAGCGUCUGGGCCGGCGUUGGCAGCUCUUACAGGACUCCGAGAAGAUACCUUUUGUCAAGGAGGCGGAGCGGCUGCGCCUGAAGCACAUGGCCGACUACCCCGACUACAAGUACCGUCCCAGGAAGAAAGGGAAGAUGGGAAACCCCAAGUCCCGCCCGAGAGUCCCCGUGAAGAUCAAGCCCUCUGUCCUCGCCCGUGUGUCCACCAGCAGAAGACAACCUGCUAAGCAAGACGCCGAGAGCGGCGGCCAGGCGGGACCGGAGAUGGACGAGGACCCCCUCGAAGCACGACUCUUGGAGACGUCCUUCGACGACAGCCCCAAAACUCCCAGCAAGGAGUUUUGGCACGUGCUCCCAGCAACCGGUGAGAAAGGCGGGUGGGCGGCCAUCUCCGGCGAGCCGAAGGACCCUGAAGCCGCUGCCUUGACCAAACCGUUCUCGGAACAGGCGAGGUCCCCUGAGAUCCCUUCCCCAGCAUCGACCAGGUCCCCGCCUUCCUCCUUUGCCUCUUCGGACGAAGAAUUGGAAGAAGAGCUCUUGAAUUUCUUGCCGAGCCGAGCCCAGCCAAGCCCGCCCUACGGGACUCCGGACUGGUCCAUCUUCGACAAAGACCUUGACCUCUUCCCCUUGGGAGCUGCCUCUCACUUUGAGUUCCCGGAUUAUUGCACCCCGGAGGUGACUGAGAUGAUAGCAGGGGAUUGGCUGAUGUCCAGUAUCUCGGACUUGGUCUUUACGUACUGAGUCCCCCCGCCAGGUAACUCUCUCGCCUCUCCGCAAUCAGGUUGUUAUCAAAAAAGAGAAAAGAAAAAAAAAAGAAACCCAGCUGUUUACAU